CUCAAUCGACUAGCCAUUUCGUACCGGUGGGUGGUCACCAAGACACCAACAAUGAGAUCGUGGUGGCAAUUGAAUUUGGAGAUGGUUGAAUGGGAGCAUAAGAGCAAGGUGAAUGGGAAAAAUGCAUAAUUGUGUCCAUCAUCAUGAAGUUGCAAUGCUGCUUGGUGCAUAUGAGAAACAAAUUCAGGUUUGGUUCAAUAGAUUGUUGGAUCCAUCAGCUUCUAAAAGGUCCAGGUGGCCAGAGCUAAGACUGGUGUGCACGAAUCUAUUAAUUUUCAGGCAAGUUCCCCUUUCAAUUUUGUAAUUUUCUUGAUUUUAUUGGGUUUUUUCGUUAAACUUCAUUAUUGUCUUAGUGUACUCUCAGG